AUGUCACCACUUGCUCGGGCAGCUCACGAUGGCCACAAUGAUUUACUGAUAGCACUUCGUAUCCAAUACAAGAAUCAGAUAUAUGGCGAUGAUUUCAAGGACAAAUUUGAGAACGGGGGCUUUCCUCAGCAGGUCGACUUGCCAAGACUGGACCGAGGCAUGCAGGGCGGUGCCUUCUGGAGCGCCUUCAUGCCUUGUCCGCCAGGUAAUGGAACAGACUUCUCGGACGAGAAAUAUGCCCCUAUCGUGAAGAUGACCCUGGAGGCUUUGGACACAUACAACCGUCUAGGCCUCGCGUAUCCCAAAUAUUUCACCCUUACCCCGGACAGCUACGCUGCCGAGCAAGCCUUCAAAGCUGGCCGCCUCAUCUCACCUGUCAUCAUCGAAGGCCUCCAUCAGAUUGGCAACUCCAUCUCUACCCUGCGUCUGUACCACAAGCUCGGCGUUCGAUACGCCACGCUGACUUGGAAUUGCCACAACAAAUAUGCCGACGCUGCUCUUGAAUCAGACGAAAACUUCACUGCAAGAAUCGCCACACCGUAUUGGAAAGGUCUCAGCCCCGCCGGUCGCGAUCUCGUACUGGAGAUGAACCGCCUUGGCAUGCUAGUCGACCUCGCGCACGUGAGCACCGAUACCAUGCGCGACGUGUUGACUGGUAACGGCACGGAAGAGUGGAAGGGGAGUAUCGCACCUCCAAUCUUUAGUCAUAGCUCCGCUCAUGCUAUAUGUCCGCAUCCACGCAAUGUGCCAGACGAUAUUCUGCACCUCGUCAAAAAGCGCAACUCCAUCGUAAUGGUCAACUUCAGCCCGGGUUUCAUAUCUUGUAAACCGGGCAAGACACCUCAUGAUCUACCCGAGUUUGAUCCGGAAAAUUCAACGCUGGACCAUGUAGUAAAGCACAUCAAACACAUUGGCGAGCUCAUUGGGUACGAUCACGUCGGGCUAGGAACUGACUACGAUGGCAUUGAGUCCACGCCAGAAGGCCUCGAAGACGUGUCGAAGUUUCCUGACCUGGUAGCUGAGCUGCUUCGGCAGGGUAUCAGUGACAAGGACGUAGGGAAAAUCGUCGGGAGGAACAUACUCAGAGUAUGGAGAGAAGCUGAUAAGGUGGCUGCGAAGUUGCAAAAGACUACUACGCCGCUUGAGGAUGAUAUACAGAAUCCAUGGUCUGCUGAGAAGAACGAACUCUAA